CUGUUAUUUCCGAUAACGGAGAGGUUUUUCACGUUAGGGAACAAGUUGAGGAAUACGUUGAAGUCCAAAUGCGUCAAAUCGACGUCGGAUAAGCGUACGGAUUCAACGUACGGACUGGAUCCGUUCGUAGGUCUUAGAUUUUCGCCGACAAUGGCUGCACUGAGCUUCGCGGUUUUCAUUUUAACGGUGUGCGUUUGCGCGGCCGAUUCUUCCGAAUCCUCGGAAGAACUGGACGCGUUGGUUAAAAACGAGAAAAGUGUUGCAUUCGUCAAACAAUUGUUGCACACUGAAUACGAGGAAAACAAAUUGGACACCUUGCUCACAUGGGUGAACGAAUUCCUCGAAGACAAGGACGAGGACAUAAACGUCACCUUGGUCGCCGCACAAGACGUCUACGGAGACGACGGCGUCCUCAGGGAGAUUCGCACUGUGGAACUGUUUCUGCCCAAAUUGAAGACCGGGGACAGAUUGCAGCUGACCAAUAACGACGAUGACGACGACGAUACGUCUGUGCACGAAAUCAGGCGAAACUUCGACGCUUUAGCCAAACUCGGGUUUGACAACGAAAUAAGCAGCGUCGUUUACGAGAAAAACGGAGAUGUCGUAGAGGCGAUGUACCUCGACGCGAGCCAAAUGUACGUGUUCGAGGAUGGCAUCCAUUAUUCGAACCGAAGCCGCGUCGUAAUUACCCAGAAUGACCUCGAGGCCGUCAUUAAGGUCCUGCAACAACGCAACGAACUCGUUUCCGUGAUAAAUUUCGACGCUAAUGGAAAAUACGUGGAUGAAGGAUCGGAAGUCGUUCCUGAACUUCUCGCUUACGUGAUCGACGAAGAAGGCGACGUGGGCAACGACAUGUUGCAACAGGCCCUGCGCGGCGUCGCCGAAGCGUCGCUCGUCGAUCCGGACCGUCCGCGGGCAGUUUGCGCCCGUCUAGUUGCCUCUAUGGAGGCGAGAUUCCCAGACAUGAAGUUCCACGUAUUCUACGAAGAGCCCAACGCUUAUUACGUUAACAAGGACAUCGUGAUCAAAGUGGGCUACGGACUCAAGGACGUAGACGUGUCGGAUGACGUUUAUACCAUUUUUGGGAUUAAGAACUCGUAAAGAAUAAAGUUUAAGUUGC